AACUCGAUCCGCCACAACCUGUCUCUGAACCGCUACUUCCUGAAGGUGGCCCGUAGCCAGGAGGAGCCUGGGAAAGGUAGUUUCUGGCGCGUGGACUCUGCCUCUGAGGGCAAACUGGUGGAGCAAGCCUUCAGGAAGAGGCGGCAGAGGGGCGUGGCCUGCUUCCGCACGCCGUUCGGACCGCUCUCGUCCAGGAGUGCCCCAGCCUCCCCCACCCACCAGGGUCUCCUCUCCCCUCCCUCCAGUGGUCUUCAGACCCCAGAGUGUCUCUCUAGAGAGGGAUCUCCGCUGUCUCACCACCACGACCUCGCUCACAAACUGGCCUCCGUACCAGAGUACAGAUAUACACAGAGCGCCCCAGGUUCUCCAGUACAUGGCCAGCCUGUGAUCAUGGCCGCCCCGCCCCACCCCCUGCCCUCGGGGAUGGGUAAACCCCUAGCCUUGUUCUCGGGCCCCGGAGUCGCUGGGGGACAGACCCUCCACAUGCUGCAGAGCCCACCCAACACCCUCACCAUGCUCCGUCUGGUCACCACGGCUACGGCCUCCCACCCCCCAAACGGGUACAUCCUCACCCCCGGCGGGGGCCAGAGUCGUGGUAAUACCGGCGCUGGCCAGCAGGGAGCAGAGGGCACCGGCGAGCAGAGAGACUCGCAGCAGCAGAACAGGGAGCGAGUGAUCCAGUCGUUGGAGGGAGCUCAACAGGGGUCAGAGGGGCGCGGCAUAUCUCUGGGGCUGCACCAACUUCCUGUCCGCCCUGUCACUCAGAACGGCAAACACACCGCCGCCGUCGCCGCGGCUACCGGCGUCGCCAACGCUUACGCUCUGACCAGUCCUCUCCAGAUCCUGGCAGCCCAGGCCUCCAGCUCCCCCCCAGUCCUGGUGAGCAGACAGCCCAGCGCGGGGCCUGAUGUUGGGCCGGAAGUGACAGGCGACCCCCAGGCUAAGAGGCCUAAGAUGGAGGAGGACGAGGCGGCUCCUCCCCCCAUUCAGCAGCCAGUCAUCGUGGCCAUGAGUUCUCAGCCACACGACAACAGAAUGUAGAACUGCUGAACUCUAACCCCUUGACCUGGUGUCUAGAGGAGGAGGAGGAGGAGGAGGAGGAGCCUCUCUGGGUGAACCAUCUCACCAGUCUGACCCCUGGGUCCCAGUGUCUGCUGGUUCACCCUCUGACCCCUGGGUCCCAGUGUCUGCAGGUUCACCCUCUGACCCCUGGGUCCCAGUGUCUGCUGGUUCACCCUCUGACCCCUGGGUCCCCCAGGUGUCACCUAGUAGAUAAAGGCUUGUGUCCCAUACUGCUUCAGACCAGAGCCCUACUCCCAACAUAGUGCACUGCUUCAGACCAGAGCCCUACUCCCAACGUAGUGUACUGCCUCAGACCAGAGCCCUACUCCCAACAUAGUGUACUGCCUCAGACCAGAGCCCUACUCCCAACAUAGUGUACUGCCUCAGACCAGAGCCCUACUCCCAACGUAGUGUACUGCCUCAGACCAGACCCCUACUCCCAACAUAGUGUACUGCCUCAGACCAGAGCCCUACUCCCAACAUAGUGUACUGCCUCAGACCAGAGCCCUACUCCCAACGUAGUGUACUGCCUCAGACCAGACCCCUACUCCCAACAUAGUGUACUGCCUCAGACCAGAGCCCUACUCUCAACGUAGUGUACUGCCUCAGACCAGAGCCCUACUCCCAACAUAGUGUACUGCCUCAGACCAGAGCCCUACUCCCAACGUAGUGUUCUGCUUUAGGUUUGAGUUAAGUACCAGCAGACACUGUGGCUCAGGAGAGGAGGGGCCCUGCAGGACCCGGUGUGUGUUCAGAGGAGAGGAGGGAGGAAGAGAGGGGAGAGGAGAGGAGGGAGGAUGGAGGAAGAGAGGAAAGAGGCGAGGAGGGAGGAGGGUAAUCUAAUUUAGACGAUCUGAUUGUGUUUAAUUUCAUCAUUAGAAGGUGCUGAGUUCUAACCUGGGUCAACGACACACACUGCAAAUACUCUGUACUAUACUAUAAUACUCUGUACUAUAAUACUCUGUACUAUACUAUAAUACUCUGUACUAUAAUAUAAUACUCUGUACUAUAAUACAAUACUCUGUGCUAUACUAUAAUACUCUGUACUAUAAUACUCGGUACUGUACUAUAAUACUCUGUACUAUACUAUAAUACUCUGUACUAUAAUACUCUGUACUAUACUAUAAUACUCAGUACUAUAAUACUCUGUGCUAUACUAUAAUACUCUGUACUAUAAUACUCUGUACUGUACUAUAAUACUCUGUACUGUGCUAUAAUACUCUGUACUGUGCUAUAAUACUAUGUACUGUGCUAUAAUACUCUGUACUAUACUAUAAUACUCUGUACUAUACUAUAAUACUCUGUACUAUAAUACUCGGUACUGUACUAUAAUACUCUGUACUAUACUAUAAUACUCCGUACUGUAAUACUCGGUACUGUACUAUAAUACUCUGUACUAUACUAUAAUACUCUGUACUAUAAUAUGUACUAUAAUAUAAUACUCCGUACUAUAAUAUAAUACUCUGUACUGUAAUACUCUGUACUAUAAUACUCUGUACUAUAAUACUCUGUACUAUAAUACUCUGUACUGUACUGUACUACUCUGUACUAUACUACUCUGUACUAUAAUACGCUGUGCUAUACUAUAAUACUCUGUACUAUACUAUAAUACUCUGUACUAUACUAUAAUACUCUGUGCUAUACUAUAAUACUCUGUACUAUACUAUAAUGCCCUGUACUAUACUAUAAUGCCCUGUACUAUACUAUAAUACUCUGUACUAUAUUACUCUGUACUAUAAUACGCUGUGCUAUACUAUAAUACUCUGUACUAUACUAUAAUGCCCUGUACUAUAAUACUCUGUACUAUAUUACUCUGUACUAUACUAUAAUACUCUGUACUAUACUAUAAUGCCCUGUACUAUACUAUAAUACUCUGUACUAUAUUACU